CAUGAAGACGGAGCCAACCAAAAUGCUCGCUUCUCUCGCCACACUUCUCCUGCUGCUGCUGACGACGACCACCACCGUCACGCCCGCGCCGGACCUGGCGGCCGUGCCUGCAGAGCAGGCAAGGGCGCUCCUCACCUGGAAAGCCAGCCUUGAUAAUCAAAGCCAGCACACUCUGCGGUCCUGGGAGAAUACCUCGGCGCCCUGCAGCUGGCGCGGCAUCAGGUGCACCAUGCACCGGCACCGGCGCCGGCCAGUGAUCAGCGGCAUCUCCCUGCGGGGGAGGCGACUGAGAGGUUCGUUGGGGUCGCUGAACUUCUCAGCGCUGAUGACCAUGACGCGCCUCGACCUCUCGCACAACCACCUCACCGGGAGCAUCCCUCCUGACAUCAAGGCCCUCGUGGAGCUUGAGAAUCUCCUUCUGCAAGGCAACCAGAUAAGAGGCUCAAUCCCACUAGGUCUAACAAACCUCACAAAACUCCGUUCCUUGAUGCUUGAUCACAAUGAAGUCUCUGGUGAAAUACCAAGGCACAUAGGCAACAUGACCAAUCUCAUGACACUCACCUUGUCAUACAAUCACUUAGUUGGUCAUAUCCCUUCUGAAGUAGGCCACCUAAAGCACUUGGUUAUGUUGGAUUUGUCUAGUAAUAAUCUUUCCGGCUCAAUUCCACCCAAUGUAGGAAAUUUGACAAAACUAAGUGCCUUGUACCUUUACCAAAACCAACUUUCUGGUCAAAUUCCACGAGAAUUAGGCUACCUUGUGAACUUAGAAUACUUGAGUCUUAGCAACAACACACUCAUCCAUAACCAACUUUCUGGGCAAAUUCCACGAGAAUUAGGUUACCUUGUGAACUUAGAAAGCUUGUCUCUUCGUGAUAAUACGCUUUCUGGUUCCAUCCCAAACAGUUUAGGGAAUUCGACAAAACUCACUAUCUUCCAACUUGACCAAAACCAACUUUUUGGUUCAGUUCCUCAAGAAAUUGGCAACUUAACGCGUCUUGUUCUGAUGCAACUCGCUUUUAACAACCUCUCUGGUGCCUUGCCAUUUGGACUUUGUGCGGGAGGUCGGCUACAACAUUUGACUGCUACGGACAACAAGUUGGUUGGACCCUUGCCGUCAAGCUUGCUAAGUUGUACAAGCCUAGUCAGAGUUCGACUUGAGCGGAAUAACCUCGAAGGAGAUAUCACCAGAAUGGGAGCUCAUCCAAAUCUUGACUAUAUUGAUAUCAGUUCAAAUAGACUAUUUGGUAAAUUAUCUCAUCGUUGGGGUGAAUCCCACAAACUUACCAUGCUACGUGCAUCAAACAAUAAUAUAAGUGGAGUAAUACCAUCAAGCAUAGGGAAAUUAUCUCAAUUGAGGAUACUUGAUGUUUCAUCAAAUAAGCUUAAAGGACAGAUUCCACUAGAAAUUGGCAAUGUAACGAUGUUGUUCAAUUUGAGCCUUUCUGGUAACUUACUCCAGGGAAAAGUGCCACAAGAAAUUGGAUUGCUGAACAAUUUGGAGUAUCUAGAUUUAUCAUCAAACAACCUAACUGGGCAGUUACCAAGAUCAAUUGGGCAUUGUCUUAAGCUUCACUUUCUAAAGCUUAGCCAUAAUCACCUCAAUGGCAGCAUUCCUAUUGAGCUAGGGAUUUUGGUAAACCUGCAAUAUCUGUUGGAUCUAAGUGACAAUUCAAUUGAUGGUGCUAUCCCGAGUGUGUUAGGUGGUCUUAGUAUGCUUCAAGCCUUGAAUGUUUCUCACAAUGCACUCAGCGGCAACAUUCCACCGUCAUUUCGGAGCAUGACCGGCCUCCUGUCCAUGGAUGUGUCUUACAACAAAUUAGAAGGGCCAGUGCCACAUACUAGGCUCUUUGAAGAAGCUCCGGUCAGAUGGUUCUGGCAUAACAGGGAAUUGUGCGGUGUUGUGAAAGGUUUGCCCCCUUGUGAUCUUCCUCGAAGUAGUGGACACGGAAAAAAGUUUGGAGCUAUUUUAUUAGCUAUUAUACCCGUUGUUGUGUCAUUUGGGUUUAUCACUGCACUAGCAACAUGGCAAUGCAGAAAGAAGAAACCCAAGCCCGAAAUUGCAAAUGUAGUACAACAAACCAAGAUGUUCGCCAUCUGGAACUUUGAUGGGGAAGAUGUGUACAGGAAAAUUGUUGAUGCUACAAAUAAUUUCAGUGACACUCAUUGCAUUGGAUCUGGAGGAAGUGGAUAUGUCUACAGAUCUCAGUUACCAACAGGUGAAAUAUUUGCAGUGAAGAAGAUCCAUGUGGUGGAUGACGAUGAUCAAUUUAACCGUGAAAUACAUGCUUUGAUGCAUAUUAGGCAUCGCAACAUUGCAAAGUUAUUUGGUUACUGCUCCGCAACUCAGGGAAGAUUCCUUGUGUAUGAAUACAUGGACAGAGGAAGCUUAUCAACAUAUUUGAAGCAUAAGGAAACUGCCGUUGAAUUGGAUUGGACAAGGAGGCUAAAUAUUGCUUGGGAUGUUGCUCAUGCUUUGGCUUACAUGCAUCACGACUGCUUUGCGCCAAUAGUUCACAGAGAUAUAACAAGCAACAACAUUUUGCUUGAUCUGGAAUUUAAAGCCCACAUCUCGGAUUUUGGUCUAGCGAAAGUACUAGAUGUGGAUGCAUCGAACUGCACAAGUCUUGCCGGCACAAAAGGAUAUCUUGCCCCAGAGCUUGCAUACACAACAAGGGUGACAGAGAAGUGUGAUGUUUAUAGCUUCGGAGUGCUCGUCCUAGAGCUGUUCAUGGGACAUCAUCCAGGGGAUCUCCUUUCGUCCAUGGACAACCACAACAGAAGUACAUUACUUGGGAACUUGCUGGACACCUGUCUCCCACUCCCUGAAGCUGACAUCGCAAGUAAAAUAUUUCAAGUGGUUGUCGUCGCUGUUCGGUGCAUAGAGCCUGAUCCAUCGCACCGUCCAACGAUGCAGCAUGUGAUUAAGGUGUUCUCAACAGCUAAACGGUCACCUGCUAAUAAUCUUGAUUAUCUCCACACUACCAUUGCCAUCCCGGCAUGCUCGUCCUGACCCAUGAACGUCAGUGCAGUUAGCACACUGUUGUUUUUCUUCGGUUCGAUUAUGUAGACACUGUCCGUAAGUCAUAAGUUUAUCUGUAUGGUAGUUUGUUCUCUGCAUUACCCGUCAUGCCAUGUAC